CGCGCCGGGCCGGGCCGGGCGGCACCGGGACAGGGGCCGGGACAGGGACCGGCACCGGGACAGGGACACGGAGCGGGAUGGGGAGCGAGAGAGAGAGCGGCACCGCACCGGGAGGGACCCCGGGGCCGCUCCCCUGUGACACCGGCGUGUCACGGAUUGUCCGGCCCUGAGGACGCGCCGCCGGCGCUCCGCGGGGAGCGGGGACUGCAGGGGAGGCACUCAGGAGCUGCUGUUGAUGGAAGAGUCCAGGAGAGAGUGCUGGGACAGCGGGGCAGCGACAGCCGUGCCCAGGGCAGCCUGAGCUGUGCCCAGGGCAGCCUGAGCUGUGCCCAGGGCUCUGUGGGCUGUACCCAGGGGGCUCUGUGGGCUCUGCCCAGGGCACAGUGAGCUGAGGCCAUGGCAGGGUUCCUGGACAAUUUCCGCUGGCCGGAGUGCGAGUGCAUCGACUGGAGCGAGCGCCGCAACGCCAUCGCCUCCAUCGUGGCCGGGGUGCUGUUUUUCACAGGCUGGUGGAUCAUGAUCGAUGCUGCCGUGGUCUAUCCCAAGCCGGAGCAGCUGAACCACGCCUUCCACACCUGCGGGGUCUUCUCCACACUGGCCUUCUUCAUGAUAAAUGCUGUAUCAAAUGCACAGGUGAGAGGAGACAGCUACAGUGAUGGAUGCUUAGGAAGAACAGGGGCUCGGAUCUGGCUCUUCAUCGGCUUCAUGUUGAUGUUUGGAUCCCUCAUUGCUUCCAUGUGGAUUCUCUUUGGAGCAUAUGUCACACAGAACACUAAUGUGUACCCUGGAUUAGCAGUGUUUUUCCAGAAUGCAUUAAUAUUUUUCAGCACCCUGAUCUACAAGUUUGGGAGAACAGAAGAGCUGUGGGGCUGAGCUCCCUUGGUCCAGAGCUGCCACGUGGUUCUUGUUUGUAGAUAAUUCACAGUCCCUUGUCCUUGGUUUGCUUCCCAGCCUGGUGGAACUGAGACAAUUCCAGGCUCUGUCUGAAGCUCUCCUGUGCCAGGACACACUUGUGAAUGUGUACAUAGGACAGGAUCUGUCCUUUCCAAGGGAAGGGCAGGCUGCCAGCCUUCCCUGCUCAGCCUCCAGGCUUUCUCCUCCAGCUCCCUGCCCUCCCAGCAGCUUCCCCUCCACAGCUCCACCCGUGUCCGAGGCUUCUGUGAACAAUAGUGAGCAAACAGGACAGAGCCCUCCCAGCCCUGCUGGGAUAAGAGCUGAUUUUAAACAUUUUAUAUUAUUGUUCAGGUAAAAAUAAAGUAGAAUUCUUUUUUCCUUCUUCUUCUUUUGGUAAAAGGUUAUGGGUUUUUAAGCAAGUCCCUACACUCAGCAGGUUGUGCAUGGCAAAGCAAAGUAUUCCUGACUUGUGAUGGCUCUGGCACAAAGGACAUUUGCUGGCACCACAGUCCUUGGAAUUAAUUUCAUGCUGCUCAGUGUAAGAGAUACCAGUUGGUAUUUAAUGUAUUUCCUGAUAUUAGAAUAAAAAAACUCCAACAAA